AUGGACUACAACAUUCAUGAUACAACUGGGCCGCAUCAACCUGGAGAACUAUGUAUGGAGAUGUCCAACGAUCAACAACUCAAAGAAACCCGUCAGGACUUGACCAUGGAUCCCGCCGUGGGAUCAGCCGCUGACAAAAAGCGGAAUAAACUGGGCUACCAUAGAACAUCGGUCGCAUGUGUACAUUGUAGGAAAAGGAAAAUCCGAUGCUUACUUGCCUCCGACGAUACGCGAUGCGAAAACUGUAUUCGGUUGAAGAAAGAGUGCCAUUUUUUCCCGGUGGAUCAGCAACCGCCCAUGGAAACAAAGCGGUCUCGCUCAGGGUCAAAAACUGGGGCCACAUCAACAGAAGCGUCAAUAACUUCGUCACCGCCAGCGCUGGGGGGUGGAGGAAUAGUAGACCAGAGCGAUUCGUACUUCCAGUACGCACCAAUGCCGAUGAACUCGGGACAGGAUAUUUCCCCGUUCGAGCCCGCGCCUUUCGCGACGAACCCCAUGCCGAAUUUCAGUCCAGGUCCUCUAAGCUCACACGAGUUAACCACUGUUCAACCUUUAAACCAACCCGAAGCGUGGGACAACGCGUCGUAUUUUGAUCAAAACUUCCCCAGCGUAAUGGCGAAGUCCCAAAUGACGACCCCAACGACUACUCUUUGGAAUCAUGCCCCAACAUCAGUAGCACCUCUUUCCACAGACCCAUCCAUUCCCGGAACUCCCAUCACUCCCGGUAUUCUUCCAUCCACUGGUGACCCAACAGCAUUCGGCAUGCCCGAUAACUCUGUUUGGGGCACGCAGCCGACGAGAUCAGCAACUCUCGCCGCAGGAAAUCUCGCACAGUACCAACACCCGUAUCAGCAACCAAUGCCACCAGAAUUUAAACGGCGAAUGACAGCUCCGGUGGAUACGUAUGGCCACCCAGCGAAUAGCUCAAUGUCAGAAUUGCACUCGUCGACGGUUCCUGUUUCUUAUACCCAAACGCAAUCGUCAGCAGCCUAUGCCUCGUGGGACGCAUACCAAAGACAACCAACUGUGCCUGGUAACCUCAAUCAACCUGUUAUUGGAUCAACUCCCGAUGGGUUGGGGGGAUGGUAUCCAGCGGACCCACAGCAAUACCCAGUAAUGAAACAGGAGGAUUAUCACAAUCCAUGAACCUUUCCUGAAUAGAACGUUGUCUGGUAUCGUACGAAAAGACGGACGUGGAGAUCUCAAAGGAACCGGAUCCUCACCUUGCAAAACUAAUUGUCAUGAAAUUGACCGCUUGGCUUCCCAGGUUAGCCAAAAUCCGGGGAGAGGAGACGGGAUUCUUUCCCUCCUCUUGAUAUCUGUAUAUACUUGAAUUUGCCGAAACCACGCCACUUUGUUAACGUCUCCACUUUCUAUAAUCGGUUUUGGAAUACUCCGGAAUACUCCAGUAUCCGGCACAGCAGAAGGGAAUACCCUUACGGAGAAAGGGAAGCAGAAUAUAAAUUU